AGCCGCCGGCCACCGUCACCAUACGAGCUGAGCAGUGGCAGUGGUGACGACACGUCGUCGUCUUGCGUGCCCAUAUCGCUGGCGUUCGUGGCCGCGGCUGCCGCCGCAGCGGCCGGCGGAGUCGUGGGACCGGGCGGCUCGUUGGUUGGAAACAACAACAACAGCCAGAACAACAACAAUCACCACCUUCAGCACCGUCACCGGCACCACUUUAACGGAAACGGCAUGAUGGCCAUGAUGACCGGUAGCGGUGGCGGAGGUAUACCAAUCGCGGUCCUCAAUAACAACAACAACAAUAUGGUCCACGGAAAUGACAACGACGUAGCAGGCAUSAACAGCAACAACAUUGCAGCGAUCGUCAACAACGGCGGCGGAGGCAACGGCGGUGGCAACUGUCUGCCACACAAGCUCCGUCACAAGACGCAUUUGGGCGACAAGGACGUGGCGGCCACAGCGUUGCUUUCGCUGCAGGCCAUCAAGCAGGAACCCGGAAGCAGCCGGGCCAGUCCACCGUGGGACGCGGAAGGAAGYAGCGAUGAGCGUGACUCUGGCAUCAGCCUGGGCGUCGAAUGGGGCGUCCGGCCAUCAUCCGCAUCGGUCGCCGUGUGCCCGACGGCCACCCCGGUGGCCGCGCCACGAGCCGCCGCCAUGCAGUCGCCAGCCGCCGUCACGAUGGGUGGCGAACCGGCUGACGGCGCCGUACACGCAACCGCCCCGACAGCCGCCGCCGACGACACCAGACUUAAGUCCGAGGUGGCCCGGCUAGCGUCCGAGGUGGCCAGCCUCAAGAACAUGCUGUCGUCCAGGAAGUCGUCCACCGCGGCUCCGGCCCAGUCCACCACCGUCGCUGUCAACUAAUCGCGGCGGCAGGCCACGACGACGGAUACAACAAAAAUUAUUGUUAUUCGUUAUUUCGAUCCACAGGUAUUUUGUUUGUUAUACGUUCGCACGCGAAUCCAUACAUAGGUAAAUUAUUAUUAUUAUUAUUAUUAUUUUUUUUUUUAUGGUUAUUAUUUUAAUUUUUAUUAAUAUUUUAAUUAUUAUUAUAAUAAUAUUAUUAUCAUCAUCAUCAUUAUUAUUAUUAUUAUUAUUAUUAUUAUUAAAAGCUAUGGUAUUUUUGACGAUGCUUCGUAUAUAUCUAUCGAACACGUUUUCGUCGCCCACCGAAUGUCUUAUUAUAAUACUAUAUGUGUGUAAUAUAUAAAAUAGAUGAUAUUAUUACAAUGUUAUUACUAUUGUUACAUCGUAACUCGAAGUAAUAAUAUUAUUGCGGUUUUUUUUUUAUGUUUGCUUUCCGAUCGACGAGGGCGCACUUGAUGAUGAUCGAACCGGCACAAACAAUAUAAUUGCGUGGGCGCGGGAAUUACUUGUCGUUUUUUUUUUUUUUUAGGGGGGUUGAUAAAAAUCAUAAACGCUGCGUAAAUCUGAAGAUGAAUAUUCCCUUCAUCCGUCCAUCAGUGCUGGCGUUCGUCAGAUAAUUGAAUAUUGUAAAGUGUAAAUAAACUUGUAACAAAAUAUGACACGCAUUAAAUACGUACGGGGCGGUUCUCGUAGUGGCGGUUUUCCACGRUGAUUUGUAACGGCUACACGAACUCCAUAUUUUGGGCCUUACUAGCGGAGAACCGCGACUGUGAGAGAAUCGCCCUGUACGUACACUAUAUAUGAUAUAUGUAUAUUAUAUUGGUGUAUGUGUGUGAGUGUAUAUAAUAUGUUUUUUUUUUUUUUUAAAUAUUAACGUCACGCCAAAAAUAUUCUAACGAACGGGGGCAAUUUAGUCGAGGAUGUUGCUAUCUAUCAAAAGUAAUAAAACAACAUUAUUAUUUCUUUGGACGUGUGUGUGUGUGCGUUAAGUGUGCUGCGUAUGCGUAUACGACCGACCGCGAUUUAAUAGUUAUAGGUAGAUAUGUAGGUAUAUAUUCUGCAAUCAUACAAAACAAAAAUUUUUUUUCCGCCAGUCGUCGCGGUUCUAACUUAAAAUAUUAUUACAUCAUGUCAUCGGCGAGGAGAAGUUUAAAGUCAAAUUUCCAUU